AUGACGGGCUAUUAUGAUAGGUUGAAAACCCCUCUUUCAAUUCACUUCUUUCAAUCUCGUCAUUCCCCCGUUUCAUUUCUUCCCGUCCCGCACAAAAGAUCUACCGCUUCCCCAUUUCAUUUCUUCCAAUCCCACACAGCAUUAUUACAACUUUUCUUUCUCGUCCCCUCUUCCAAUCCCGCACAACAUUUUUUCUCUCAUCCCAGGGCACAAACACACCUACACAUCUGGAAACCCUACACGUCUCGAAGGCUUGACGACGCGCACACUCAUCGAAGCCUCAACGCCGUCGACGACACGCCUCCACGUCGUCUCCUGGUGGCCGCCGAGGAAUGCGAGCUUCCGGUCAUCUAUCUCAACCGCUUAGAGGACAGUGACGAGACUGUGAAGGAAGAGUACAAGCCGCACAUUGCUAGGGCUUCACAGGAGUGGGGUUUCUUCCAGGUGGUCUCUCUCAAGUAUGUCUCUUCACUCACUACUCACAGGAGUAGGGUUUCUAUAACGCAACAACUACCAACUGAAUCAGAGAGGAGCAUUAGUUGUGACUGCAGUUUCGAAGAGAGUCAUGUUGUGAAGAUGACUCUCAAGCGACUUAGUAUACCUGGCACACUCCCACCUCAACUGGCCAAACUACCUUUUCUCCAAGAAGUGGAUUUUGCUUACAAUUUCUUCAUCGGUUCAAUUCCAGAGGGGGCUUCAAUGAAAUUAGCUUUGAUAAGUAUUGACACAAUGAAUGAAACAGUUUGGCAUUGCUUCUGUUAGUUACCUAACAGGUAAUGUGCUUAGUGGCAACAUACCGAAUUCAGUCUUAAAGGAUGGAAGUAGCAUUAUGCGGGUGAGCUUUAUCUUCUAGCCAUUGAUCAAGGUUACAUUAAUCAGCCAGAUCUGGUCUGGGAAAAACUGAAUGAGGUCAAUGGUGAUUCAUUGUUUAUGACCAGUAAUUUCAAGGAAUUCAAGGUAGAAAAUCAUGAAAAUAGCACAUGGGAUGAAAAAAAUGCCUUGACCAGCACUACUAUCUUUAAUGAUUGAUUCCAAUGGAAGCUCGAGACAUUGAAGACAUUAGAACUAAGUGGGCUUCUUUUAUUUUAAGUGUUAGUAAAUUGUACAAAAUUUACUACAAUGUAGUGUAGGUUAAUGUUAUAUUUGGAUUUAAUAUAUGGUUUGAUGUACAAAUUAUGUAUUAAAUAUUAUUAAACAAUUUAAUGUUUGAAAUGAAUUUCAUUAUGAUA